UGGUUGCCUAAGAUUGUAAAUUUGUAAUAAAUCCUUAUCUUUCUCUUCAUCUUACAGCUUCAAUCAGCUCUUGCCUCUUCAUCGUAUAGCUCCACUGGAAAUGAAAGGAGAAAUGGAAGCUAAAGGUGUAAAUAUGGCAAUCCCGUCAUCACUUACAACUCCAUUAGUGUUAAGUCAUGGGGGUGAAUAUGAGGAUCAGAUUAAGAAGUGUGCAGAGCUGCAGAAUAACCAUCUUCAUCACACAAAGUUGAAGGAAGGAACUUCUUCCUUCUUUAAAACUUGUUUCAAUGGAAUCAAUGCUCUAUCAGGAGUGGGAAUUCUAUCAGUACCAUGUGCAUUAGCAUCAGGAGGAUGGUUAAGUUUGAUACUCCUUUUCGUAGUUGCAUCAGCAACAUUCUACACAGGCUUACUAAUGCGACGAUGCUUGGAUGUAAAUCCACAGAUAAGAACAUAUCCUGAUACCGGCGAGUAUGCUUUUGGAAAGAAAGGAAGAAUGAUAGUAUCUAUUUUCAUGUAUUUGGAACUCUACUUAGUUGCAACGGGAUUUUUGAUAUUAGAAGGUGACAAUUUAAGUAAUCUAUUUCCAAACAUGGGUUUCGAAUUAGGUGGGAUUAGUAUCAACGGGCGACAAGGAUUUGUUAUAAUUGUUGCUCUUAUAAUCCUGCCUUCAAUGUGGUUAACUGAUCUGAGCAAGGUGUCAUAUGUAUCUGCAAGCGGGGUCUUAGCUUGUGUUGUCAUCAUUUGUUCAGUUUUAUGGGUCGGGGUCAUCGGUGAAACCGGAUUUCAUGAAAAGGGAAAGCUUCUGAAUUUUAAUGGUAUUCCUACUGGCCUUAGUUUAUAUGCGUUUUGUUAUUGUGCUCAUCCUGUAUUUCCUACACUAUACAACUCAAUGCGAGAUAAAAGACAGUUCUCUAAGGUCUUGCUUCUCUGCUUUGUCCUGGUAACUCUUGGUUUGGCAUUUAUGGCAGUUUUGGGGUACUUGAUGUCUGGUGAAAAUGUGAAGUCUCAAGUAACUCUAAAUCUACCACCACGAGAAAUUGCGUCAAAAAUAGCAAUCUACACAACUCUAGUCAGUCCUAUAACGAAAUAUGCGUUAACAGUAACACCAAUUGUAUCCGCAAUUGAAAAUUCUUUGAUGUUUUAUCACAAUGAGAGUAAGGCUGUUAGUAUUGUGGUUAGAACCUUAUUCUUGAUUAGUUCGGUUAUAAUUGCUUUGACUGUUCCUUUUUUCGAGUACUUGAUGUCUCUUGUUGGAGCAUUUUUAAGUGCAACGGCUUCGAUCAUAUUGCCGUCGCUGUGUUACUUGAAGAUAACGGGAGCUUAUCGAAGAUUUGGCUGUGAAUUGGUGAUUAUCUUGGGGAUUGUUUUGAUGGGUAUUUUUGUUGUAAUUAUAGGUACUUAUACUGCUUUGCAGCAAAUUAUUAGCCAAUUGUUUAUGUAAAUAUUUGAUAAUUCUUUGGGAUAUUUUGAUUUUGGGUCACAUAAAAGUGACCAGAGUUGCGUUUGGGUCACCACAAAAUUUUAAUUAGAGUUUGGGUCACAGACCGUUUUUGACCGUUA